UCACAUCACACAAAAUGGGAAAGGACAAGCUUCACGUUAACGUCGUCGUCAUCGGACACGUCGACUCCGGAAAGUCGACCACCACCGGUCACUUGAUCUACAAGUGCGGAGGAAUUGACAAGCGAACCAUCGAGAAGUUCGAGAAGGAGGCUGCCGAGCUCGGCAAGGGUUCCUUCAAGUACGCCUGGGUUCUUGACAAGCUGAAGGCUGAGCGUGAGCGUGGUAUCACCAUCGACAUUGCUCUCUGGAAGUUCGAGACCACCAAGUACCAGAUCACCGUCAUUGACGCCCCUGGUCACCGUGACUUCAUCAAGAACAUGAUCACUGGUACCUCCCAGGCCGACUGUGCCAUCCUCAUCAUCGCCGGUGGUACCGGUGAGUUCGAGGCUGGUAUCUCCAAGGACGGUCAGACUCGUGAGCACGCCCUGCUCUCCUUCACCCUCGGUGUUCGUCAGCUCAUCAUCGCUGUCAACAAGAUGGACACCACCAAGUGGUCGGAGGACCGAUUCAACGAGAUCGUCAAGGAGGCCUCUGCCUUCAUCAAGAAGGUCGGUUACAAGCCCGAGACCGUCGCCUUUGUCCCCAUCUCUGGAUGGCACGGAGACAACAUGAUCGAGCCCACCUCCAACAUGCCUUGGUGGAAGGGAUGGUCCAAGGACACCAAGGGUGGCAAGGUCACUGGUAAGACCCUGCUCGAGGCCAUUGACGCCAUCGAGCCCCCUACCAGGCCCACCGACAAGCCCCUCCGUCUUCCUCUCCAGGAUGUGUACAAGAUCGGUGGUAUUGGUACGGUGCCCGUCGGCCGAGUCGAGACCGGUGUCAUCAAGCCAGGAAUGGUCGUCACCUUUGCUCCCUCUGCCGUCACCACUGAAGUCAAGUCCGUCGAGAUGCACCACGAGCAGCUCUCCGAGGGUCUCCCCGGAGACAACGUCGGCUUCAACGUCAAGAACGUUUCCGUCAAGGACAUCCGACGUGGAAACGUCGCUGGUGACUCCAAGAACAACCCACCCAUGGAGGCCGCCUCGUUCAACGCCCAGGUCAUCGUCAUGAACCACCCCGGUCAGAUCGGAAACGGUUACGCACCCGUCCUCGACUGCCACACCGCCCACAUCGCCUGCAAGUUCUCCGAGAUCACCGAGAAGAUUGACCGACGAUCUGGUAAGGCCAUCGAGACCUCGCCCAAGUUCAUCAAGUCUGGUGACGCCGCCAUGGUCACCAUGGUCCCCUCCAAGCCCAUGUGUGUCGAGUCCUUCUCCGAGUUCCCUCCACUCGGCAGGUUCGCGGUCCGUGAUAUGAGGCAGACCGUAGCUGUCGGAGUCAUCAAGUCGGUAGACAAGACCUCGAAGGCUGGCAAGACCACAAAGUCCGCUGAGAAGGCCUCCAAGAAGAAGUAAAAAGCCAAAUUUUGACAUGGCUUUUGGAAUCCUGUCACGGCAGAGGCCUUUGGCAGCCGAUUAUCGGCACCAGCUUCUAUCAUGACACUUUCCUGAGUCCGUCGCUACCAAGCUUUGUUGCUACCCCCCUCUCCGCCCGCGAAGGCCCAUCGCGGAGUAUAUGUGGCCCUUGUUUUCCCGCUCCUUGAAAAUUCACAUUCAUGAAUCUUC